GCUGGGCGUGGCCAGGCCUUGGGUUGGUGGAUAGACCUCCCCCGAAUCCUGAAACGUUCCUGUGGAGGAGCGCCCAGUCGGUGGCUGCUGUGGCCAGAUCUCGACGGAGGCGGGGACGCUGGAAGGGGUCAGCUUGCGCUUGCCCCAAGGCCGAGCCGCUGCGUCAGACGCUGCUGCAUCCUGCCUGAUAGCUUGCAGCCGUAGUUGCAUCGCUGCCGUCACCCUCCCGGGUUCCAGCGGCUUCUGCCAACCUGCGGCCUUGCGCAGUAACUGGACAAACCGUACAAAGACAUUCCCUAACUCUCCAGUGAUGAAGAUCCCGGUCCUGGGUUUUCUUUUUGACUUUGCUAGUAACUUUGCUUUUCUGGCUAAUCUUUGAGCUUCAGCAUUGCCUUCAUCUUUCAAACAAGCUGAUAUGUGGUUACAGAUUUUUGUCGUCCUGUUUGUGGUCCGUUUAAUCUACUGGAUCCGUAACAGGAAAAAUAAUGAAAAACUGGAAAUGAAAGACGCAUGGUGGGGCCCAGGAAGUAAGCCUAGGUCACAGGAGGAUGACAGUAUCCGUCCCUUCAAGGUGGAAACCUCAGAGGAGGAGAUCAAGGACUUACACCAGAGGAUUGAUAUGACUCGAUACACACCGCCCCUGGAAGAUUCCAGCUUCCAAUAUGGGUUCAACUCUAAUUACCUAAAGAAGGUGGUUUCCUAUUGGAGGAACCAGUUUGAUUGGAAGAAGCAGGUGGAGAUUCUCAACCAAUACCCUCAUUUCAAAACUAAGAUUGAAGGGAUUGACAUCCACUUUAUCCACGUGAAGCCCACAAGACCACCAGCAGGCCACAAAGUAAAACCAUUGUUAAUGAUUCAUGGUUGGCCUGGCUCCUUCUAUGAAUUUUACAAGAUCAUACCCCUCCUGACUGAUCCUGAGAGCCAUGGAGUGAAUUAUAACCAGGUCUUUGAAGUCAUCUGCCCUUCCAUUCCUGGCUAUGGCUUCUCUGAAGCACCUUACAAGCAAGGCUUCAACACUGUGGCUGCUGCUCAGAUCUACUGUAAGCUGAUGAGCCGCCUGGGCUUCCAAGAAUUCUUCGUCCAGGGUGGUGACUGGGGUUCUCUGAUCUGUACCAACAUAGCCCAGAUGGCGCCCUCACGGGUGAAAGGCAUCCAUGUGAAUAUGUGCUUCAUGGAUUCUCAAACCUUCUUCAUCUUGGGGUCUCUUCUGUUGGGACGGUGGUUCCCAUCACUUUUUGGCUUCCAGGAGAGGGAUUUGGAGCUGUUGUACCCUGCCAAAAAUAUCCUCCGUACAAUAUUUAGAGAAUCUGGCUACAUGCACAUCCAGGCCACCAAGCCUGAUACUGUAGGCUGUGCACUGAAUAACUGCCCUGUGGGAUUGGCUGCCUAUAUCCUGGAGAAGUUCUCUACAUGGACCAAUCCAGAAUAUCGAUACCUGGAGGAUGGAGGCCUGGAGAAGAAGUUUACUUUGGAUGAUCUGCUGACCAAUAUCAUGAUCUACUGGGUGACCGGCAACAUCAUCCCCUCACAGCGAUUCUACAAGGAGAAUAUGGGCCGAGGCAUAGGUGUAGAGAAGCAUUCAAAGAUGCAGGUAUUUGUGCCCGCUGGUCUGUCCGCCUUUCCCCAUGAGCUGCUGCACUGCCCAGAAAGUUGGGCUCGGAAAAAAUUCCCCUCUCUCUGCUCCUACACACAUAUGUCCCGAGGGGGCCACUUUGCUGCCUUUGAGGAGCCUCUGCUGCUUGCAGAAGAUAUCCAAAAGUUCAUGGGGGCAUUAAAGGGGAAGUGAGUUUCAGAAGGAGGUACUUCCCUUCCCUCCCCUCCCCAAGUAGUUCCAGUCUACCCACCUCUCCAUCCCGCCAUCUCCCAGAUGCCCCAGGCUCCCUUUCCACACCCCCUGCUCAAAACCAUAGCUCUGAUGGAAAUCUACAACCAGCCUCUUGGAGACAAUGAGGGAAGGGGACUAUGCCAGCUCUUCUUGCCUUGAAUCCCAAGGUCCGUCCACUAGGCUGGGGAGAUCAAACCUCAUCCUUGUGGCAUGUGCCAGAUCCUGUUAAACUUCUGUGUUCCUGCUAUGCAGAAUAGGUUUCUAAGGUAGUGGGGUCUUUAUUUGGAGGGGUGGUACUGGUUCCCUUACCCUUGCUAUUGGAGCUUUUAUUGGUUGCUUGUUUACUGCCAAAUCAGUGAUAUGGCUUCCCUUCCCUCUGUAGGCUGCAGAUAGUGCAGCUCUACAUUGGUAGAGGGAGUUCGCUCAUCCUGGACCUGCCACCAUGAAUAAAUCAUGGUCUGUACCUUCUCUGUGUGUGCUAGCUGGAGCCCAGUACACAAAUUCCAUGUUCCCUACAAGUUGCAUCGCUUUUCUUGGGUCUUGAGGUGGUAGAUUUCAGCUGGAUGGGCCUGUGGAAAGGAAAAUUGCUUUUGAUAAUAAAUUGUUUUGCUUCAUAAGA